UCCCGAUUUCCAGCAGAUGUGGAACAGUAGAUUGCCGAAGAGCCCAGAGAGAGAGAGAGAGAGAGAGAGAGAGAGAGAGAGUCCUCAAGCUCUCCAUGGCGGAGAUUACGGUAGUCAGAGCUUGUGCAUUUGGCUCUGCUCACAAGCACAACAACCCCUCUUUUCCUUCUAUCUACAACUCUUCUCUUUCUUCUCUUCGCUUUUUUAACAGUUUCAGUAGCAGUGGCAGAAGCCGAUGCCUCAGCAUAUAUGGCGGAAGGAGAGUUGGGGUUGCGGUGGUUCGAUCCAUGACUGCUUCAUUUGGGUCUCGAUUGGAGGACAGUGUCAAGAAGACCGUGAUUGAAAAUCCCGUUGUUGUCUACUCCAAGACUUGGUGCUCGUAUUCUUCGGAGGUGAAGUCAUUGUUCAAGCGACUUGAUGUGGUGCCACAUGUUAUCGAAUUGGACGAACUAGGUCCUCAAGGGCCACAGCUGCAAAAGGUGUUGGAAAGGCUCACCGGGCAACACACUGUCCCUAAUGUUUUUGUUGGUGGGAGGCACAUAGGGGGCUGUACAGAUACUGUGAAACUAUACCGGAAAGGAGAACUCACAUCAUUACUAUCCGAAGCUGGUGCCAAACCUACUGAGAGCUAGCCAUCUUGAGUAUAUGGUUGUACUGAAUGCCGGUUCCUUUGGCCAGCUUUGAAUAUAAUUUGGAUUGGUAUUUCUACGUUAAAACAAAAUUCAUUUCAUUGACAUUAUUUUCAAGGAGCUUAUCCAAUCAAAUUAUGUAAUCCGUUCUGUGUAUCUGAACUAAAUUGUAAAAUGAACGCUCACUGCUAGUUUCUCUUCAUUGAAAAUUAGAGCGACUGCCAAUGAUAAUGUGAAAUGUGAAUCCAAAACAGAAAGAUGAUGCGAGGAUGGAUUUGGUA